UUGAUCUUUACAUAGAUAAAAUACAAUUCUCCAUCUCUCUCUCAAGCUUAGCCCACGAAUGAGCCCCAUACAAUGUCAAUGAAAACCCAUAAAAUUUUGCAGGAAAAAAAAAAAAAUGAUUUGUCCUUUCUCUACUUCUCGUUGGCACAUUCAUUCUCACUUCCUCCUUCUCUCUCGUUUUAUACUUACACUUCCACUCGAAUUGCAGCCCUACAUUUUCUUUUUCAUUCAUCUUCCUUUACAUGAUUGAUAGAAAGAAAUCUAUUUAUAGUUGUGAUUUUAGUUACUUAUUGUGUAGACCUCUCAAAGCUUUUGAGUUUCAGCAUAUGCAUGCAAUGUUACUUCUUCUUAUGUUUCUAUAACAUUGUUUGAUCUGACGAAUUACUUCAUGGGUAUUUGCUGUUGGUCAUAAGAAUAGUUGGGUUUUGGAUGCUAGGGUUUCUACAUGCUGUUAGUGUUCCAAGCAGCAAUUUGUUCAAUAUUGUGACGGUCAGAUGUGGGCAUUGUGCAAAUUUGCUGUCUGUGAACAUGGCAGCUUCACUUCAAACAUUUCCUCUUCAAGAUCCCCAGUCCUCGCAGAAAAUGCACUUAAGCUCUGAAGAUGUAAACAAGGACUGUGGAUCAUCUUCCGAAAAGGUCACCGCAUUUGAGUCUGGGGAUCAUGAACCACCUAGAAUGCCUCCGAUCCGCCCCCCAGAGAAGAGACAACGUGUUCCAUCCGCAUAUAACAGGUUCAUUAAGGAGGAAAUUCAAAGGAUCAAGGCUAGUAAUCCUGACAUCAGCCACAGGGAAGCUUUUAGCACAGCAGCAAAAAAUUGGGCACACUUCCCUCACAUUCACUUUGGGCUCAAGCUGGAUGGAAACAAGCACGCGAAAUUAGAUCACCAGUCAUUUGCAGGAGAGGGUACUCAAAAAUCUAAUGGAUUCUACGAGAUCAAUGGCAGCCUGUGAGUUGAACUUGUAGAAAUAAUCAAGCUUUAUAUAUGUAAAAUAAUAAUUAAAUCGAUGACAAUGAUAAUGAUGACGAUGAUGAUAAUUAAUAAUAACUUGAAGAUUGAAAUGAGAGGCUGAAACGAAGUUGAUCUCAUGUGUUAUCCUAUGACCAAAUAGGAAGCUCUCUUGAAAGCCUCAUGACCUUAUUUUUCACUUUAAUUUUUAUUUUUUUUAGUAGUAUUAUAUAUAUAAGUGUCUGAGUGUGUGUGUUUUGUCCUUUUUUAACACUUCAAGAAGUGACUGCUAUUCUAGUGAUUUUUGCAUUUAUAUUUGAAACUUUAUAUUAAUUCUAAGUUUAAGUAAACAAGAUUCCGUA